UGGACGUACAACUAUGAGGCUGUAUGGCAUUUAGAGAGAGAAAGAAGGGCAAAAAUAUAAAUUUGGCAUUGAUUAAUGGCGUAGCGUUUUAAAGACGAGAAAAGCGGGAGUGUGGAAUAAAAGGUGGCCACAUACCACAGUGUUGAGAAGCGGAAGAGAGAAAAGUAGAAUGUGAAAAAUGGAGAAGCCUUCAAAUUAAGAGUGUGAGAGAUAAUGACGAAAAGGAUGGGAGUAAAGGAGCAAAAACAAUUCGAGAAGCAAAUGGGGUGCAUGUCAGGUAUCCUACACAUCUUCGAUCGCCACCCUGCCAAACGAAUCUACUCCGUUAAAACACUCACUUCCUCAACAACACAACCGGAACCGGAAACAAACAGUAACUCACCAUUACAAUCAACACCAGAAAUAGAAACACCUCAACCACAAAAACUGCCUCUUCCGGUCCUCCCAGUUUUCGAUUUCAAAGAUGGAACAAGAUCUUCCUGGAAAUUCACCAGAGAAACUCCCAGACUAUCAUUAGAUAGCAGAGCCAUUAUAGAUGCAAAAGGAACGAUCCAUCCAAAACAAGAAGAAAAACCACGUCGUUCCACUAGUGUCGUUGCAAAACUCAUGGGUCUCGAAGACUCCGAACUUAACCCCACCCCUAACCCCGAAUCUCAGCUUCAGAGAUCCGCUUCCGAAUCAAGACUAAACAGAGAUCCACAUCAACAGUAUCGUUUCUUUGAUACAACCAAUUUUCAGUUAAAGCAAUACGACAACGGUUCGUCGUUAAACGACAGACUCUCAGAUCCAAACGCCAAAUCAGAAUCAAUGAAAGGAAUAAUAAUGAAACAAAACAAGUGUUUCUAUGAUUCUACUGACUUUUUCCCUGCUCCAAAACAGAGCGUUUCUGUUUCAGGAGAGAUUGAGAAACGCUUGAAGAUGCGAGGGAUUCACGAACCUUCUAAAGAUCUCGAUACGCUGAAACAAAUUCUUGAAGCAUUGCAACUUAAAGGACUUUUACAUUCAAAGAAAUCAACAUUUCAAACAAAUUAUAGAAACUAUGUUAUCGAGAAUGAGAAUGAUUCUCCUAUUGUAGUUAUGAAGUCAGGAAGAUCGUUGAACCGAACCGGUUGGACCGGAAAUGAUUCUCCACCACCAGUUUCAAGUUUCCGGUCGAAGCAACGGUCGAGACCGGAUCAUAUUCAAGCGCAGGUUAGAAGCAGAAACAACGCGAACUCUCCCACGCGCAGUCCGAACCGCGUGAGGAAGGUUGCCAACGUGGAGAAGCAGAGAAAAGUAAAUGACGUUGUUGAUCACAGAAGAGUCACUCCGGUUCAUUCCUCGAGAAAUGAACCGAACCGGUCGAGGACGAGAAAACUGAACACUUACGAAAAGGAGGUGAAAAGCAUGGCGGAAGAUGAAUCAUCCACCGUUUCUGAUAGCAGUUUCAGUACCGAUACAGAGAGGUUUAUUAAGGUGGAGGAGCAAUACAGAGAAGGUAAAGAGUUACUGCAGAGGUGUGAUAAGUUACUGAACAGUAUAGCGGAAAUAACAAUAACAACAACAACAGGGAGAGAAGUACAACAACCGAGUCCCGUAUCGGUUCUUGAUUCGUCGUUUUACAAAGAUGAGUCGUCGUGUUCACCGUCUCCAGUAAUGAAACGAUGCAUUGAUUAUAAAGAUCUAGGAGCUGAGUCAGAAGAUGAUGUAUGGAGUGCAGCUUUGUGUUCCAGUGAAGCCAAAUCCGAGGAUUGGGAUUUCGUAUAUGUUUCAGAAGUACUUCGUGCUUCUAAUUACUUGCCCGAAGACAAUGACGUUUUCCUGUUCCUAGAACAGCAACAGUACCUUAAGGGAAACGACACUUCCAAAGUCUCCACUCUUCAAAGGCGGUUAAUUUUCGACACCAUUCAUGAAAUCCUCAACCGUAAACGCCGUUUACCGCCUUGGAAGUUAGAGAACGCGCCGCCGUUACAUAUGAUCUGGUCAGAAUUUCGGAGAAUCCGAGAAAGAGAGGAGUCAGACUCAGAGGAUCUAUUUGAGGUUAUAUGUGGGUUGUUGAGGAAGGACAUGAAUGGAGAGAAUGAAUGGGGAGAGUGCCACGUGGAAAUUGGGGAUGUAGUGUUAUACAUCGAACGGUUCAUAUUCAAAGAUCUUAUCUGCGAAACCAUUAGGGAUUUAGCAUUGUGUAAGGCACCACGUAACAAAGUUUCGAUGCUUCGCAGGAAGUUAGAGUUUUAUAAUUAGGACCAAACAAAAAGAAGGGGAAAAAAACAGAGCAAACUGAUAAAAAAUAACAAUAAGACCUGAAAAAAAUAGGAAGGGAUUCACUUGGGUUGCUUGCUUUUUCCCUUCUCUUUAGAAAUCCACUAGUCUACUCACUACUUUCUAAUUUUUAUAAAUAUGUUUUGCUUUUUCAAUGGCGGAAUCAGGAGUUUUAAACCUGAAAUCCAGGCAAGUUUAAGGAUGAUGACCUUUUAUUAGUUAUGGAACUUUAUAAUUUUGGUCAUUAA